UGUAGGGUCAGUCACGUGCGUCCCACUUACUCCCUGGCUCCCACAGGCUCCCGGGCCGCUGGGCCUUGGGGGCAGCGAGAGCCUCUCCUCACUCGGGGAGGGGACCGAGGCGCCCAAACAACUCCGCCUGCCUUUCCUCCCUACCAGGGGCCUUGAUCCAUUGGGACCUGCUGGGCAGCUUUACAACCCUGGUUAGGGUUCGAGUCGUGUGUGGGUUCUCUGCUUCGGGGAGUGGGAGCUGGGUUUGCCUUCCCGGAUUGGGCCUACAAGCCGGAAUCGUCCCCUGGCUCAAGGCAAAUUCAGCUGUGGCACUUUAUUCUGGAGCUGCUAAGGAAGGAGGAGUACCAGGGUGUCAUUGCCUGGCAGGGUGACUAUGGGGAGUUCGUCAUCAAAGACCCCGACGAGGUAGCUCGGCUCUGGGGUGUUCGCAAGUGCAAGCCCCAGAUGAACUAUGACAAGCUGAGCCGGGCCCUGCGAUAUUAUUAUAAUAAGCGCAUUCUGCACAAGACCAAGGGGAAACGGUUCACUUACAAGUUCAACUUCAACAAACUGGUGCUGGUUAAUUAUCCUUUCAUCGAUGUGGGGUUGGCUGGGGGUGCGGUGCCGCAGAGUGCCCCUCCAGUGCCAUCGGGCGGCAGCCACUUCCGCUUCCCUCCCUCAACGCCCUCCGAGGUGCUCUCCCCCACCGAGGACCCCCGCUCACCACCGGCCUGCUCUUCGUCCUCCUCCUCACUCUUCUCAGCUGUGGUGGCCCGCCGUCUGGGCCGAGGCUCAGUCAGUGACUGUAGUGAUGGCACAUCAGAGCUGGAAGAACCACUGGGCGAGGACCCCCGGGCACGACCACCUGGCCCUCCAGAGCUGGGUGCUUUCCGAGGGCCCCCUCUGGCCCGCCUGCCCCAUGACCCUGGCGUCUUCCGAGUCUACCCCCGGCCCCGGGGUGGCCCUGAGCCCCUCAGUCCCUUUCCUGUAUCACCUCUGGCUGGGCCUGGCUCCCUGCUACCCCCUCAGCUCUCACCGGCUUUGCCCAUGACACCCACUCACCUGGCCUACACACCCUCUCCCACCUUGAGCCCUAUGUACCCCAGUGGUGGUGGCGGCCCCAGUGGCUCAGGUGGAGGCUCCCACUUUUCCUUUAGCCCUGAGGACAUGAAACGGUACCUGCAGGCCCACACCCAAAGCGUCUACAACUACCACCUCAGCCCCCGCGCCUUUCUGCACUACCCUGGGCUGGUGGUGCCCCAGCCACAGCGUCCUGACAAGUGCCCACUGCCGCCCAUGGCACCUGAGACCCCACCGGUCCCUUCCUCAGCCUCGUCAUCCUCUUCCUCCUCCUCUUCCCCAUUCAAGUUUAAGCUCCAGCCGCCCCCACUAGGACGCCGUCAGCGGGCAGCUGGGGAGAAGGCUUCAGGAGGUGCUGACCAGAGCAGUGGCAGCAGCACUGGCGGGCUGGCUGAGGGGCCGGGGACACUGGCCCCACCACCACCACCACCACAGAUCAAGGUGGAACCCAUCUCAGAAGGUGAAUCAGAGGAGGUGGAGGUGACUGAUAUCAGCGAUGAGGAUGAGGAAGAUGGGGAGGUGUUCAAGACGCCCCGUGCCCCACCCGCACCCCCCAAGCCCGAGCCUGGCGAGGCACCUGGGGCGGCCCAGUGCAUGCCCCUCAAGCUGCGCUUUAAGCGGCGCUGGAGUGAAGACUGUCGCCUAGAGGGGGGUGGAGGCCCUGCUGGGGGCCUUGAGGAUGAGGGUGAGGACAAGAAGGUGCGUGGGGAUGGGCCUGGGGAGGCAGGGGGUCCCCUCACUCCAAGGCGGGUGAGUUCUGACCUCCAGCAUGCAACAGCCCAGCUCUCACUGGAGCAUCGAGAUUCCUGAGGGCUGUGGGCAGGGGGCUGAGGUUCCCCCCACUCCCCAUGCUUUUGCUGCCUUAACCCCCCCAAAGUCCUGGAGGUGAGGGCAGCUCUCUAGUCUCCUCCCUGCCUCCUCCCUCUCCCCUCCCCUCCCCACAUUUUGUAUAAAACUUUAAUUUUUUUUUUUUUUAAUGGUGGGGGUGGGUG